UUUUGAGACCCAGUUUGUAGAUUACGAAUUCCCGUUAAAAUUUCUUUUAAUAGAGUAUCACUAUACCUCUCAUCUUUACUUUGAUUAGAUGUACCUUGUACCAUUUGAGGAUUUCCAUUUUGUCUAUUCAUGUAGUCAGUCAAGCGGGUACGGCAAUUGGCGGCAAAAUGUCCGACUUUUUGACAGUAGUUGCAUACAGGUCGAUUAUUCCAUCGUCGUUCAUUGUCAGGUGCUCUUAUUUGUUGUCGGCUUCGGUUGUUGCCCUGAAAAUAUCUAGAAUUAUUUUGGUUUCUUGGAUAAGACCCGUUUGGAUUGUAUCUCCAGCCAUUUCGAGGUUGUUCUCUGUUUGGGUUAGUUUGAUUCAAAGUUUGAAACCUACCUGGCUUGAUCAUGUAAUUGGAUUGUUCUUGUUGUACGGCGUUCAAUUGAGAGUGUUCGUGUUGUGUUGCAUUGAGUGGAGCAGUUCCACUAACAGCCGGGAGCAUUAUUUCAACUUCUCGAGCGUCCAUACAUAGUUGUUCAAAACUUCUACCAGUUUGCGUGAAGUUUAAUAAUUUCAUGUAGAAUGAGAUGCUUGGCUUUAGUCGUUCAAGUAAAAGUUCACAUAAAUGUCGUUCUAAAGCAGGACCUUCAUAAUCAGUUGCUGUUGCUAAAGCAAUAGGUCUAAAGCGUGCCAGAAAGUCUUUGACAUUUUCAUUUUCAUGUUGUUUGCAAAAGGAGAGUGCCUGUCG